GCUUGACAUAGUGUGUACGUUUUACUAAAAAAACAUUAAAAGAAAUAGUGGUAUAGUUGUAAAACAUUCAAUGAGAUAUGGCGGCUGCAUUUCAGCAGCAGAUCUUCGCUUUAGAUGCCCGAUUUAAUGCUUACAGAGCACCAAACAAUCCUAACUUUAAAAUCCUGUACAUACGCAGACGAAGUCAACUUCUUAGAGAAAAUGCCAAGUUUAAGGAUAUUGACACAAUUAAGAAAUACUUGAACGUGCGGAGUCAGUUACUGCAGCGUCGUUAUGGAGUCCAAGACAACAUCUCAAUCAGCUCUUCAUCUUCUAGACAAAGAUCCAGCAGUAAAGUCAACAUAUCUGUUGAAGAGUCUCCUACAAAAAGGAAGAACGACAUGACAAUAUCAGAGAACUAUGCCUUUACAGGAGUACAUCACAUAUUUGACCAGCACACAGAGCAAGUGAGUGUCGUGAAGUUCGCGAACAACGACCGCUCGAAGCUGUGUUGCGCCUCAGACGACGGGACCGUAUCCAUAUGUGACGUCACAGCGACGCCGCCGCGCGUCAGCGUCAUCCUCGACGGACACACCAAAGCCGUCACUGGGUGCGACUGGUCGGCGUCUAAUGAGCUGCUGGUGACGUGCGGGCUGGACGGCGCGCUGUGUCUGUGGGACGCGGGGCGGCGCCGCAAGCUGCGCGAGGUGCUCGACCAGCUGGCCGCGCCUCUGCUCUGCUGCGUGUUCCAGCCCGCCAACAACAACAUGGUCAUUGCGGGCAACGCUAAGGGUAUGGUCGAAGUAUUGAACAUUUCUACUGGAAUAUAUCCAAGGGGUGGAAGUAGUAUCGUAGGGGGUAGAGUGACCGCCAUAGCUUGUGAAUCCAGUGGCAGGAUGUUCUGGGCGGCGAAUGAUAAGGGCGUGAUCGUGAGCUACCGGCUGGAGGGCGCGGGCGGGUCCGUGAGCAAGUUGCGUCGCUGCAGCGUGGGGGGCGCCGUGUCGUGCCUCAGCUGGAGUCCCUGGCUCGCGCGCCACCCCGCGCUGCUCGUCAGUGCGGCCGACGACUCUCUCUGCUUGUUCAGAAUCGCGGACCGCGAGGGCGCGCUGGUGCUGAAGAAACGUUUCGAGGUGCCUCACCGCGGGCGCGGCGUGCGCUCCACGUUCUGCCCCAUCAUGUCGUUCCGGCGCGGCGUGUGCGUGGUCUCCGGCAGCGAGGACUGCUGCGUCUACUUCCUCGACAUCGAGGGACGCGCCGAGCAGCCGGUCGUCAAUAAGCUCCAAGGACACGCGGCCCCCGUGCUCGGGGUCAGCUUCAGCUACGACGAGAGCCUCCUGGCGACCAGUGACGUCACAGGUCUCGUCAUUAUCUGGCGACGGGGCACCGUGUGAAGCGAUCUUAACCUAACCUAAAUAAGGAUUAUUAAAAUUAAUAUUUUAUAUUAAAAAUAGUUUAAAAAAAAAAACAAAAA